GGAAGGCAAGUUGCAUUGCAACAUCUGCGAGCAAAGUCAAACGCCCGUUAACUUUUUCAGUCUGGCCCUGGGCUCUGUGGCGUCCAUCUCUCCUUCCCUUUCUUCUUUCUUGGCGGACCUUGGACAGGAAUCUCUGCAGUGCAGUGGUAAAGCGUGGCUGCCCCAGCGUCCUGACUCAUGUGAGAGCUGCCCCAGGGGAAGAGGCCACGACCAUGGGGGAUGUGAAGCUGGCUGCCUCGACACACGUUUCUAAAGCCUCCCUCAGUGUGGAUCACUCGAAAGUCGGCUCCAUGCCCCUGACCGAGGCCCCUGCUUUCAUUUUGCCCCCUCGGAACCUCUGCAUCAGAGAAGGAACCACCGCCAAGUUUGAAGGGCGGGUCCGGGGUUACCCAGAACCCCAAGUGACGUGGCACAGAAACGGGCAGCCCAUCACCAGUGGGGGCCGCUUCCUGCUGGAUUGUGGUAUCCGGGGGAGUUUCAGCCUCGUGAUUCAUGCUGUCCGUGAGGAGGACAAGGGAAAGUAUACCUGUGAAGCCACCAAUGGUAGUGGUGCCCGCCAGGUGACAGUGGAGUUGACGGUAGAAGGGGGCUUCAUGAAGAAGCAUGGUCAGCCUUUUGUUUCCAAAACCUUGGGGGACAGAUUCGCAUCCUCCACAGUGGAGACCCGUCCUAGCAUCUGGGGAGAGUGCCCUCCAAAGUUCGCUACCAAGCUAGGCCGAGCGGUGGUCAAAGAAGGACAGAUGGGACGAUUUUCCUGCAAGAUCACUGGCCGACCCCAACCACAGGUCACCUGGCUCAAGGGAGAUGUUCCUCUGCAGCCAAGUGCCCGUGUGUCUAUGUCUGAGAAAAAUGGAAUGCAAGUUUUGGAAAUCCAUGAGGUCAGCCAGGAUGACUUGGGAGUGUACACAUGCAUGGUGGUGAACGGUUCCGGGAAGGCCUCCAUGUCAGCCGAGCUUUCCAUCCAAGUUCCACCAAGUCCAGCCUGGGAAAGCCAAAGUGUGUGGAGCAGGAACCUUGAGCAAGGUUCCAAGUCUCUACACUGGAAUUGCGCCCGCUUCCAAGUAUGA